UCUGGCCAUCGAACACCGUCAGCAUUGCCGAGCCUAGGGCCAGCUCGAAGGGCGGCCAAUUCCUCAGUUCCCCCACCUCGACGGCAUUUUCUGUGGGCCGGUUGCCGCAGCGUCGAACUGCAGAGAUGGAGAUUUUUCAGACUUUACUUCACAGUGCCAUCUUCGCGGGCUAUGUCUAUGGGCUAUAUUAUGAUGUCAAGCCUCCUCAGGGCUCAGAAUAUGAAUCAGCUUUUUGGGCGAUGGGCGGAAGGUUUAAAUAUCUGACAUUUCUUGACGCGCUUCUGCAAUGUGGCUUCUUUGGACUAUGUGUUCUGAACGACUUCAUAGGCUCAGAAUCACCAGUGUAUGCACGAAGAAGUUUGCUGCAGAGGCUACGUGAUUGGCUCUUCACAUCUCUAGUAUUGCCAAUGGGAGUGUUUGUGUCUUGCAUAUUCUGGGCACUGUAUGCCGUUGAUCGUGAGCUCAUCUUUCCUGCAUCUCUCGACUCAUGGUUCCCAGGGUGGUUGAACCAUAUUAUGCACACGCUUCCAGCCGUUGGUGCCAUCGCAGAAUUAUACUCAGUGUGCCACUGUUUCCAAAAGGGGAUGAAGAUGUAUUAUCCUAUUCUAGUGGCAUACUUUCUCUAUCUGUCAUGGAUUUGCUACAUUGCAUAUGCAGCUGGUUUCUGGGUGUAUCCCGUGUUUGAGGUUCUGGAUAUGAAAGGCCGAACCAUUUUCCUCGCUGCACUACUGUUGCCCAAUCUCCUUUUUGUUCAUUUAGGACCCAGACUGCAUAACAUGAUUUGGGGGUCUUCUACAAAGAUGCAAGGAAAGAGAAAGGGAAAGAAGGAAUGAGUAUAGAGAUGAAAAAGGGAAUAUUAUUUACAAAAAAAAAUAGAAAUAGCAGAUUGAAUGUAUGGUAAAUUUGGUAACAAUAAUACUCAAGAGUGAUUAGAAACUGUAGAAUAUGGAUUGGAUAAUUAAUUUACUUUUGUCUGUUUUUCAGAAUAUGAGUGAUUUUUAGAAAUUUUAUUAAAGACAAUAAAGUCAGCUAACAGAGAAUCCAUACCCCGUUUCCAUAGUUAAGUAGUUGAUAGGUUCAUAUCUCUGAUCACAAUUUAUACAUGUUCUUCUAUGUAAAAAUCAUUGGAAAUUGGGAACGAACAUUUUAAUGAAUUUAAAGCAUCAUUGUGAUAUAUAAAGCAUAUAUUACAAAGUAGUUUUUGUAGGAACUGAUUAAGCUCUAAAUAUAGACUGUAUACAGUCUAUACAUAGUUUAUGCAGGGGAAGUAAAAGUAUACUGACAAGAGUUAUCAACUCGUAACUACUGCACAUCCAAGGUUACUACACCUGGAUAGCAUUGCCAUUACUAGACAUUAAUCUUUUUACCUAGACUCUGUUAAUGUCCUAUGAUUGUAAGCAUUAUAUGGAAAAUUGCUGUUGUGUAUGUUUUAUACCUGUUAUUAUCCCAUUGACAACAGUGGGACAAAAUGUUAACCAGCAGACAUGUAUAUACUAAAAAGAAAUUCCCUUGAUCUAUACAGCCUUAUUCUAGGUGUUUUCUAUGUAUCAUUUCCAGUCUAAUUUAUUUCUGUGUUGUGUCAUUAUUUUGUUCAUGACACAGAAGUGGUAAUGUAGAAUUGAAAACAAUAUUGUCACCUGUUCUAAAAUGGCUAUGUUUUGGACCUUUUAUCUACUUAGCUGUGGUACAGAUAGUGGCUUCUCCAAGAAUUUAGCAUAUGCUGACUCACAUGAAUAUGAUAUUUGAAAUGCAUGGAAAAAAAAAAGGUCAGAUCCUAAGUGUCGGGUAAUUGUUGCUAGUUCUUUUAUUUGCUAAGUGAUUAAAGUCUACUAAAUUAUCUAUGUAAAGUGGGAAAUUGUGAAUAUAAGGAUAUAAAGAAAGUUCAAAGUUAAUGUUUUGUUAAGUUGUUAAAAGUUCUAAAAUAUAUUACUAACAACCUAAUAUAGAAACAUGUAACAGCU